AUGCAGCAUCCAACCAGUGAACGUCAGUCCAGGUGUAAAUUCCUCACGACCAUUUUCCAUGCUUUGCUCAUAAUCGCCGCGGUGAACAUGAAAUUGGCCGGCGUGCACGGCGAAGAGGCAGUCACAGGCGUCGCGCUGCCGGCCGCCAACGAAGACAAACGCAAUUGGCAGGCGCUGCAGGGCCCGUGGGGUAAGCGCGCACACUUUGCCGGGCCAACGCUGCCCGAAGUGAAUGAGCCAGAGGACGACGAGCGUUUGGUGCCGCUGCUGAUCAGUAAUGGUGAACGCGAUGAACCCUUCCUGAAGUUCUCCAUGAUGUACCUGACCAAUGCCGGCACACUGGAUCGCUUGUUGAACGACAGACAGGACGAACAGAGUGCGCUGAGAAUGAACGAUGACCUGGUUACGUCGAUGGAAGAUACUGAGGGGUACGGCAACAACAACAAUGAUGACAACAACACUCCGCUGAGCGAGAAGCGCGCUUGGAAUAAAAUGAACGCUGCCUGGGGCAAGCGCCGCAACGCGCCCACUUGGAACAAAUUCCGAGGUGCAUGGGGUAAGCGCGAGCCCGGCUGGAACAAUCUCAAGGGCAUGUGGGGCAAACGCUCCUCCAAGGAUUGGGUGAAGUUGCAUGGCGGCUGGGGCAAGCGCGCCUUGAACUAAGGCGCUGGGAGUGCAACCUGCUCAAUUUGCGAUGGAAAGCCUUCAACAGAAUGUGCAGCUAAUAUGUGUUUACCGGCCAUCAGCAAGUCGAAAUGAUACCCAACAACAACAAUCUACAACAAAUUCACAAAAAAUAUGAGAAACGCAACAAAUGUAUACAAAAUCAUAUUAUGUAAUCAAAUUUGCCUAUUGUACAUUUUACCUUACGUCUUUAUAUGUGUAUGUGUGUAAACAUAAUUAAUUAAAUUAAUCUCUUGUAAUAAUACAUAUGUAAGCAGUGUGACGGGAGCUAUGCAUGUAAAUGUAAAAUACGGUCAACUAUGAGCAUCUUAAUAUACAUUCACACACACAAAAACAUAUAUAUAAAUAUAUAUUUUCAACUAUUUAUAUAUGCAUGUAACAAUUAGGAAGCAAAUGAAAAGUAUUAAAGGAACCCGUAAACAGCAUUUAAAAAAAGUCAAUCUCAAUCCGGUUUUCUAUUCGAAAUUUUUAAUACCAAAAAUGUAUGAAAGCCUUAAAUGUUCUGAGUGUAACAUUGUAUGUAAAUGUGUAUAGUUCUCUUAAUUUAUAUUUAUAUACUUCGAGACGCGUUUUUAAGGAUUUCUCCCCCACUUAAAAGCAAUUUCGUGCAUGCAGACAGACUCACCGAUGAGGGAAAAGUGGAAGAGAAGUGCAGCCAACAAUUCCAGUCAAUUAAGUCUGGUUUUAUGUAUUAAUUACAAAUACAACUUAAACAGUAUUAAAUAAAGAGUAUUGUAAAAAUAUCAAUUAAA